ACUACCAUGAAGAACGUAUUUCUUCUAGCAAGCUUUCUUGCUACAAGUUUGAUCUCUACGCUGGCCUCGGAAAGUAAAAGAGUGAAUGUUGCUUUAAACCAAAAGGCACAUCAGUCCUCUACUGUGUUUUACAAAUACUAUAACUGGAAGGCUGAUUUUGCAUUGGACGGUAAUGCGGAGUUUUCAGAUGUCUGUAGAUGCUGCAGUUGCACAAGUGGUAGUGAAACCCCCUGGUUAAUCAUCGACUUAGGGAGCAUCUAUCACAUAGGAAAGAUAGUUGUUAUCGGACGCCCAGAUGUUGGCUACCAGCUAAGAGAAUUUGAGCUAUACGCUGGAGAAACGGAAAGGCAAACAAAUGAGACAACUAGCCUAGUCUAUAGAAACGCAGUUACGGAAAGUGAAUACCGCGAUACAAAGGGACGGUUUGAUAUAGCAGUAGGGAGUGUUAGCAUGCAGUUCAUCAGAAUCUACAAUGAAAAUAUAAAGAAAAUGAGUAUAUGUGAAGUGAACGUUUAUGAAGCUUGUGAAGAUUACCAGUUUGAGCCGGACUGUAUACCAUGUUUCUGCGAAGGACAUCCUUGUGACAAAAAAACAGGCACUUGUUUCACUGAUUGCCAACCUGGCUGGCAUGGCACGUCGUGUAAUAUAUCCUGUGAGUCUGGAAAGUACGGUACAAAUUGUGCAGGAGAAUGUCGCUGUCUGAAUUCACCAGCAUGUGAUAAACGUACUGGUGCAUGUCGUGAUGGAUAUUGUUUGUUUGGAUGGAAAGGAAAAUAUUGUAACAUAAGUGUGAUAGUGUCCGAAGGGAAGUCGGUAAAGAUGAGCACUCAGUUUGAUAUCUGGAAAGCGGAAAGCGCAGUUGAUGGAAAUACAAGAACGGACGCAUCAGCUUGCGACUGCUGUGCUGCUACUAAACAUACAUACUCACCAUGGUUUCAAAUUGACUUAGGAAAGCUAUUUAGAAUUGCUUAUAUAGUUAUUUUUGGACGAACUGAUCAUCAUGUUUCGUACCAGAAUUUCAAAGGUCUAAAUAUUUAUGCGACGAAGCAUGAUAGAAGUACCGAAGAGCCGAUAUUUUCCUUCUCCAAGACCAAAUAUUUCCUGAAUAUAACAUUGAAAACUCCAGUGAUCACGCGGUACAUCACAUUAAAACAAACGGGAAGAAAACUCAUGGUUAUUUGCGAACUUCAGCUACUGGAAGGAGAUUGUGAUGAUGGGCAAUUUGGACGUCUUUGCGAUAAAUCUUGUAAUUGUCUUGGCGAAAUAUGUAAUAAAGAAACAGGUGUAUGUCCAUCUGGAAAAUGUCUUCCUGGAUAUUGGGGAUCUACAUGUUCAGAAGAAUGUGCAGAUGGACAAUUUGGCAUUGGGUGCAAUGCAACUUGCGGACAUUGUUUAAACGGAAAAACAUGUGACAAAGUAAACGGCAGUUGUCUCAGCUGUAAUCCAGGCUACCAAGGACAAACUUGUACAGCAUCAUGUAGUGACGGCACGUAUGGCUUGAAUUGUUCUUCAUAUUGUGAGAACUGUCAAGAAAACGAAUGUGAUCAUGUAACAGGGCAGUGUGUGCAUGGCUGUAACCCUGGAUACAGUGGUCUUAUAUGUAACACAUCAUGUGGAUAUGGGAGCUAUGGAAUGAAUUGUAGCCAGAGUUGUGGAUCCUGUGCUAAUAACCAAACAUGUAACAACACAAACGGACAUUGUGAUACAGGAUGUUUGGAAGGAUUUAUAGAACCGCUGUGUAUAACCCGUAAUGGCUUAAAUAAUUUCCAACCAUUUUAA